AUGGCAUCCUCCUCUUUCUUCCUCCUCUUCCUUCUCGUCUCGUCUCUGGCCCUCGAGGCAGCCGCGGGGCGGGACGUCCCGACGGACGAUGCCAAAUUUUCCCACGACGGCACGGUGUGGGUCCCAGGCCUCGGCCGUUUCAUGCUCCCCAAGAAAGGCUCCAAGUCCUUGGACUACAAUCCCAUCACCGGAGCCCCGGGAGGGAACGGCGUCUCCAUCCCCGGGAUCGGCGGCCGCAGCAAUAUCCCCGGCGGAGACGACACGUUCGUGCCCAACCCCGGCACGGAGGUGCCCGUCCCUAGCGGUGGAGGGAUCCCAACACCAUCCAACCCUUAA